AUGAACCCGCCGCCUCCGUUAUAUACCGAGUACGAAGCAAACUUGCGAGAUAGGGAGCCGAAAGCUGUUUUGCUGCACCGCUUCUUGAUCGACAAUUUGGCCUUUUCCCACAAUGUUGAUCCAAAAGCGCUUCGCACCACAAUAUCCACCACACCAAUCGCCUCAACAAAUGCAGCUGCGGCCACAGUCUCGUCCAUUCUUUCUCAACACGAACAAGCCAGCAUCCUACGGCUUGCUACAAUCGUCGCCCAAACCUACCGCCAAAUUGAGCGACAGCAGAUCAGCUGCAUUCGUAACGAAGACCUUCUAUACAUCUACAAAAGUGUACAUGUUCCAGCGACGAAUAUCGAAAUUAACCCUAACUUUAUGCUCUCCAUCCUGAGAGAUUACCUAAAACGUCGCAACGACCCCUCAAAGCAGUCUCGAACAAGACACGGAGAAAAGCAUAUCCGAUUGCGCCGUCCGAUCUCGUGGCCUUCUUGGUGGGAUCAACACAACAUGGAGAAGUCUUUCAUUUCGGAUGACGUACUGAUCGGUCGGAUUGCGCCCAACGAAGAAAUCCGGCUCUUGAUCGGAUCAGCGAUAGCGCGCGGGGGAAAUGAUUACUUGUGGUCUUGGUCAAAUGUCUCGAGAAUCAAAAGGGAUUUGUACUGGAGUCAAAGCAUUCAGUUCUCAAUCAAAUCGAUGAUCAUGUCUACGGGGGAUGGAUUGUUUUCACUUUGGUUGAACGACUCGACAGUUCUAAGGAGGUUCUGGCACAAUGGACAAGAUUAUCACUAG